UCCACCUUUCUGUGGCACUGGGUCAGCAGGCAAUCUCGUCCUGCAGAGCGAGAACAGCUCUGGGAACCUGAGAGGAUAGCUAGCCCGUAGCCGAUCCCUCCCACCGCACGGAUGGAUGGCUCCCGCAGAAUUUACCUAUGACCAGCCCCAUGAGUGCGUGGAGAUGAGCGAAGCCUGCUGCCGUCCCCACAAACGGUGUAGCAGCACUAGCAGAAGCGGCGAAGGGCUCUGCGGAGCGCGCUGCGCCGCUCUCUGCCUGGAAAGUUUCGCCUGCCUUUAUAUUAAAUCCCUGGUUUCCUUGGAAACGCAACCCUGGCAAGGAGAUUCCAGCUUUCCAACUGGUAUCUGUUUCCAGCUCCACAUCGUACAAACUGCAGUCUGUGAGGACAUGAAGCUGCCUGGAGAACGGCCGUCCACUGUUGAAACCGACCGCGCACGUGAGAGUCGGUUUCUCUCCAACUUUGCGGAGCCUAUGUAACCUCACUUUCGUCUCUUUUAAUUUUUUGUCUAAUUUUUUGCCUUUUUCACGUUGUUUCUCUGUUCCACCGCAGGAUGUGCUAAUUUCGUGACGCGCUGCUUUAUUCCUAUCCCUUAUUAUGAGCUUGGAGACAGAGGCGGGUCCGGUCUACAGGGGCACCGAGCCAGAACCGGAAGGAGGCGCUACAGCGGGCGUCCAAAACAGCUCAACGGACCGUCGCGCAAGCGACUGGCAAGUGGAGGAGCAGCAGCAGCAUCACCCGGGACUUAACUGUCAGGAGGAGCUCAAUCCAGGAGAGGGACACAGCGGCUGUAGCGGCGAGGACAGCUACAAGGCAGUGAACGGGGAGGGUUCCUACAAAGUGCAGCCCUCGCACUCGGACUGCAGCAGCGAGAACAGCAUCCCGACCCCGAGCUGCAGGAUUUGCUUUCAAGGUGCUGAACAGGGCGAACUGUUGUAUCCUUGCCGCUGUGAUGGCUCAGUGAGGUACACUCAUAAGCAAUGCCUUUUGAAAUGGAUCAGUGAAAGAGGCUCCUGGUCAUGUGAACUGUGCUGUUACAGAUAUCAAGUGAAAACAAUCAAAAUGAAGAGACCUUGUCAGUGGCAACCCAUCACAAUUACUUUAGUGGAAAAAGUCCAAAUUAUUGCUGUCUUCCUGGGAUCACUGUUUCUGGUGGCAAGCAUUUCCUGGCUCAUGUGGUCUGCAUUAAGUCCGUUUGCAGUGUGGCAGAGGAGAGACAUCUUGUUUCAGAUCUGCUAUGGGAUGUAUGGCUUUAUGGACUUAGUAUGUAUAGGCUUAAUUAUUCAUGAAGGGGCUGCAGUUUUCAAUGUCUUCAAACGGUGGAGAGCUGUGAAUCUCCACUGGGACGUGGAGAACUAUGAUAAGACUGCCGACGUGGAAGAAAAUAGCAGCAAUGGGGGCUCUUCAGCCAGCAAAUCUUUGUGGUUACCACUAGCCAGUUUCCGCAACAGGGGCUCAAUCCACCCAUCUCACAUUGGUUCCCAUCGAUAUCACUGUGGCUUUACUCUCCUGCAACUGUGCAACAGGCUAACAAACCAGGAAGACACCAGUGAGGAUAACAGUUCAGGAGUGGUGGUAAUGAGAGUGACCUCCGUAUAAAAGGUACUGCCAUCCAAAAGCAGUGACUCAUCAUCAGUGCUUCAUGUGAAUGUAUAUGCCAUUAUUAAACUAGUUGAUCCAUCUAAAUACAGUACAAAGUGAAAGGUUACUGUUGUUCAUUCUAUGGAAACGGGACAAUUUGGGAUUGCAAUAUUUUGAAUAUUAAAAAUUCUUCAUGUUUUCAAAAUCUUCAGUUAAUCCAAAAAUGCUGGUAUGGAAUAGUAGAGUGACCUGGUUGGAAAAGCUUUAAAGUCAUCUAUUAAUCUAUUAUUGUUGACAAAAACCAAUGAGUUAACUUAGUGGAAAGAAAGGUGAACAAAAGGUUUUAUUCCUGCAAAUUCCCUUGUGUCUACCAAACAUAUUUCUGAAAUGUUCAAAGCAGUCUGGGACAAAUAUAUUCUUUAUGUACAGUCUGUACUGGAUAAAUAAUGUUAAUGCCUAUAUAAUGGGACACAGUAUUAUGGUAGUGUGGUUAGUAAUGUGAACUCACAGCUUACGGAGACUUGCUUUCAUAUCCUGGACCAGUGCUUAUUGCUACAUUUCCUGUUAACUCUACAUAUUGCAGUGCAUAAAAGUCCUAUCUGUUUCUAAUGAGCUGGAACAAUACCUGAAACUAACAGUUAUGCAAUGGUUAAAGUCGCUUAGAUCAUUCAUCUUUUCCAAUUUAAUGUUAGUCGGAGUAGAUACUCUUUUUGAGUAGGUGUGCAAGUUCUGUGUUUACACUCAGGUGCAACUGUAUAAGCUGUAUGAAAAAGCUGGCUGUUUGCCUUAACAAGCAGAUGUACCUAAUAAAUAGGGCGCUGAAUAUAUAUAUAUAUAUAUAUAUAUAUAUAUAUAUAUAU